AUGCCCAAUCAACACCUUCCACUUGUACCAGAUGAAAUAAUUUUGCCGAGACUGAAAGAGCUUUGGCUGAUGGAGGGCAACGUAAACGAUACCGUUCUGUGUGAAGAACUGCAGAAAGUUUUCAAUACAUCGAAGUAUACCUUGGGCCUUUCCAGCUUCAAAAGAAUGAGAAAAAGGCUAGGAUUCCUCAGUACACGGCAGCAAAAGCAUACUGUUGAGACUGUCUCGGAACAUUUGGAUGAAAUGCGGGAGCAAUUCCCUAAGGCGGGUUAUUUCGAAAUGAAGAAGCAUCUAAGAAUCAACCACAAUGUGCGAGUUUCAAGGAACCCUCGCAUGUGUCCUGAAGAAUUCGAAAGGGAAUCAUCAGAAAAGUUUUUUAUUGCGCUGGUGUCAAUGACCUCUGUGGAACACACCGGGUAUGGUCCUGUUCUUACACAAAGUGAUAUGGGCAACGAGAAUGGUAACCUGGCUAGGGCGCAUAGCUUCUUGCACCAAUGGGCUGACAGGGACUUGGACAAUACCUUGCAGCACCGAUGGAUGGCAGAGAAGAAAAACAUUCCUUCAGAAAUCGUAUGGAGUGUGUUCCGCGCUCACUUUAGCUUUGGCUAUGAAGGAAUCUUUCAGUUUGGCAUUGAGCAAGGCUGGUAUGAUCCGAAGGAUUUCAAGGUUGCUUUCAUCCCAGAAUCUAUACAAGCUGCGAGGCAAAUUUAUGCCCCACCUGAUCACCCCAUGCUGCAGCUUGUCCCUAACUCAUUUAGGCAGUGGGCUGAAUGCAUCUGGAAUGUAUACCUUGCGUUGCUGGAUAAAUUUCAUGAACGCCAUAUUGUGGUUCUUGAUGAAUGGCACGUCAUUUCUACGAGAGCAUACAAAGCAGAAGAAACUGACAAGAAUCAAGGAGGUCCAAAAGAGGUGGUUGGGCAAGACCAAGCUACAAUACCUGAUAUUCCAGACUUGAACAGUGACGACGAACUUGGUGAUGCCAAUGCGGAAGAUGUCGAAGCUGAUGAAGAAGAUGCUGAAAUUUGGGUGGUUGUCGAAGGGGACAAAGGCCACAAGCCAGUUCAUCUUUGGAAUUCUAUUCUGGGAUGUCACAGGAUGGCACUCAACUCGCAUGGUCAUAUGAUGGCUCGAUGGCAUUGCUGA